AAAUCUUUUCAUCAUAUUUGGAGGUUCGGUAGUAGGUAUUGGUUAUUUAAGGGCCAGAGCAGGGCACUUUGGAGGUGUCAGUCCCACAUAUGCAAUGUGACCAGCAGCGACUUGUGAUUAGCGAGAGAAAAUUUGCGAGCGUCGUCGUUCCGGACGGAGAGACGCCAGUUCGUGCCCUUUUUCUUGUUUACCUGGCGACGAUAGUGCUCGAGAGAGAAGGGCUUCCUCUGAGCUCGCGUGGGGAGAACGAAUUGGACUCUGUUGUGCUGGGGCGGUGAUUUCGGAGUGGGUGCCGGACGUUCACGGUGAAGAGAUAUCGGGGUUCUCGUUGCUGGAUAGAUUUGCGCACAAUUGAGGAGCUUUUGCUGAGUUGAAAAAUGUGGAAGCAUCGAAGAGUGAUCGCUGGAGCGAAAGCAUAGUGAUGAGUUGUGGGAAGUGGAGUGAUUUUGAUUAGGGUUGAAGAGGGCAAGUGUGGGGGCUCGGGAACCCUAGUGGGCCUUUGGAAGGAAUGCAAACAGAAGCAGCAACAUCAGGGGAAACCAGGAUUCAUGCGGAGGUUGGAGGAUUGGUUGGGCAGAGAGUUGCGGCAACAUUGGCAUCCACCGUGGCGUCAGGAGAAUCCUCGCGAGCUCCCGAUGAAGGGGCAGUCGGAAGCAGCACUCCAACGAUAGCUGAAGCCACAGCUUCUGCCCAUCAGACCAUGCGCCAGACCCAGAUAGGCACCGGGAGUCAGCUGUUAGCGGGGGGUGUCGCGGGCGCCGUCAGCAAAACUUGCACAGCCCCCCUAGCCCGUCUGACAAUCCUGUUUCAGGUACAAGGCAUGAAUGCGAAUGGGGAAAAGUUAAGUCGUCCGCGGAUUCUUAAAGAAGCUUCGAGGAUAGUCCGCGAAGAAGGAUUCAGAGCUUUUUGGAAAGGGAAUGGAGUAACUAUUGUUCAUCGACUGCCAUAUUCAUCUGUCAACUUUUUUGCGUAUGAGAAAUAUAAGAUGUACCUGAGAAGCAUGCUUGGUAUCGAAGGAAAACAAGAGAGCUUAGGAGUUGGUAUGGGGACAAGGCUCGUAGCUGGCGGAGCAGCGGGUAUAACUGCAGCAUCUUUGACCUACCCCUUGGAUCUAGUCCGAACGCGCUUGGCUGCUCAGACAAAUUCGAUGUAUUAUAAGGGCAUCUCGCAUGCUUUGACGACUAUAUAUAAGGAGGAGGGCGUAAGGGGACUUUACAAAGGCCUUGGCCCUACUCUAAUGGGUGUUGGUCCAAAUAUUGCGAUCAACUUUUGUGUUUACGAGACCUUGAAAUCUCUAUGGCUCCAGAGGAGGCCAGAGUCGUCUCCAGUCAUGGUCAGUCUAGGUUGUGGGAGCCUGGCAGGGAUCUGCUCGUCAACAGCAACUUUUCCUAUCGACCUUGUAAGGAGAAGAAUGCAACUUGAAGGUGCAGGCGGAAAAGCUCCUGUAUAUAAGGAUGGGCUUCCUGGCACGUUCGGUCACAUCGUCAGAGUUGAAGGGUGGUUCGGUCUCUACAGGGGUAUUGUGCCGGAGUAUUACAAAGUUAUCCCAAGCGUGGGGAUCGUAUUUAUGACUUACGAGUUCAUAAAGCGAAUUUUGCACCCUGACUUUUGGGAAUAAAUCUUAGCAUAGGAGACCAACUUUUGUAACCGACUACUGAUAUCAACAUUUAUACGCGAUUUAGAGCAUGUAGAAUGAGAUCAAUAUGCCUAAGUUCUCAUGAAAUACAGGUCUAGGCUUUGGUGACGCACUCAAUUAUGUGUUGCGUCUAGCACUCUCAGUCACGUCAUUCACCCAAAAUCCCUUUUUCAGUAGUGUUUGAAGAGGUAGUAGUGGACGCUUGUCAAUCAUCAUCGUCCUUCAGAUUACGUUAAGCAUAUCUACCUUAGGUAGUACCUUCAUCGCACCCUUUUAUAGUCAUUCGAUGGUUUCUAUAGGACUUGGUCAGCCUCCUAAGCAAGUUUGUUGCUACGAAAGUCGGCUACAUUUUGGACGGUUACCAGGUGAAUUUUUGUCUCCGUAGGAAAGUUUGAAGUGGUCAACCUUUACUUCUCG